CUGGAAUGUGUGAACACGUGACUUCGCGCAUGCGUACUGAGUAUUGUUUCCGUUCCUGUCUGUGUGGAGGCCUCGGGCAGGUAAACAGAGGUUCUCCAGACGUUCUCCUACGGUUCUGUUGGUUCUAACUAGCUCUCAGCGGUUCCGGUCGGACCAGCAGGAAAAUGUCUCCAUCCGCCACGUUUCACUCCCAGCUCGCCUCCAUCAUGGAGGUUCUGGCCAACACGGCGGUGGCGGAGAUCUGCGAGCUGGUGGACAACGGCUACGCGGUGCUGCAGCUGGAGAUCAGCAGGAGCCGCAAAGAGAACGAGGUUCUGCGGAGGAAACUGCGGCUCCUGGAGCUGCGGGCGGCGCGGUCUGCCGCGCUCAGAGCCGCCGCGAGCGGAAGCGGCGCCGCGCUGCUGUACGCCGCUAGCGGCCGCCCGCGCGCCAACCAGCGCGUUCACGAGCCGAGGAGGAGCGUGACACUGACAGAAGUUGCAGCAGAGCUGUCCUUGUCGUCCAAUCAGCAGACUUCUCAGUGCAGAAAGACCCACCCACCACCAGAACCGGAACCAGAAGCUGCAGGACAGAUGGCGGCUGCAGCCGAGACCACAGUGGUGAUCAAGGUGGAGGAUGAGGAGGAAGAGUCCUGGUCCCAGUCCGACCCUCAUGGUCGGUUCUGUGUUGGUUCUGAGGAUCAGCACGAGGCAGAAGCUUCGUCCUCGCUGGUCAAACAGGAAGAGAGCGGUGCAGACGGCGGCGUCUCUUGGACCAGCGCGGAGGUGAGCUCCACCUCCACCCAGCAGACCAAUCAGAGGCCAGAAGCCAGUGGCUACGACUCCAUGAUGCUGCAGCAAGCCUCCCACGCUGCAGCAGCAGAACCCAGCGGCUCCUCUGGGUUUGUUCCCGGCAGAAACGCUUCAGCCGAUUCAGGAAGCAGCUUCAGCCACAGAGAGGCGAGUCUGUCUGCAGCGGGGCAGCGGCAGCAGCAGGGGGCGCCACAGAGGGACGGCUGGCGGCAGCAGAGCCACGCCGCCCCCGGAGGGAAAAAGUUUGCCUGCAGCUUCUGCGGGAAAAGCCUGGCCUGCCUGAAGAACCUGAAGACCCACAUGCGGGUUCACACGGGCGAGAAGCCGUACGUCUGCGCGCUCUGCGGGAAACGCUUCUCCGACUCCAGCAACCUGAAGCGCCACCAGAGCGUCCACACGGGGGAGAAACGCUACGGCUGCGUCCACUGCGGGAAGCGCUUCGCCCAGUCCGGCUCGCUGAAGGUCCACAUGGCCGUCCACACGGACUGCGGCCAGUUCCGCUGCUCCGUCUGCGGGAAGGCCUUCACCUCCGCCGGCCACCUGAGGAGGCACGUCGCCAUGCACGCCGGGGACAAAUGCUUCCCCGCUGCGUUACCGUGACGACCAACAGCAGACGCUGCGUCCUUCAGCAGGAGUUUCAGACCAGUUGUCGGCCGCACUUCCUGCAGCAGGUCUGACGCUUCCUGCUGGUCGGAUCAGAGCGACAGGAAGUCCUGAAACCGUCCGGAUCAUCAGGCUCCUCCCACAAACUGUGCAAACUGUGUUUCUGUGCAAAUUCUGACAUUUUUGUGUACAUUUUUUAAAUUCUGCCAUAUUUUGGCAAAAACAGUUUAAGAGGAUAAAGCUACUGCUGUUGAGUUUUUCUUUUUUCCUGGUUAGCGUUUACAUCACAGCCCUGUGUUCGGGUUUUAUUGUCCCACUUAAAGGAGGAGUUUUUUUCCGAUGGUCUGGCGGGGGGUCGCGCUUUUAAUAGAUGGUUUUUGUGUCUGUGUGUGUGUGUGUGUGUGGUUUUGGGAAUUGACGGUCUGACGGGACAUCGCCCGUUGCCCCGCUGUCAGACCGUACUGUUUUCUAAAACUAUCUCAGACAGACGCCCCCUGGUGGUGAGUGAGGAGAGGGAAUAAUCAGCAUUGUUUUACUUUUGACUUGCAAAAUUGGCAAGCUGGAAGUCUGUGAUGUUGCUGAGCUUCACAGCAAAUACUGUGAUGUAAUAGUUAAAAAACAUAAUA